AUGUCAAGAUCUGGUAAAGACUUCAUAGGGCUGCUUCCAUCCCAGGAUAAGCAACCCAGAAAUCACUUCUUCGGUCCAGGCCAACAGGCGCACUUCAUCCGCAACCGACUUUCAACCUCAACAUGGCUCUGUCUCGGCGCAAUAGCUCAAGGGCUACUGAUCCUCGUAGUCGGUCGCAUAGCGCUCUACCCAGCCAUCCUCCUCAUGCUAUACCGCGCAUUCGACACCUAUGCCAUGACCGUCGGCUGGAAACACAACCCCUACAUGGACAACAUCAUUCCCACGAAAUUCAGCGCCCAGUUCCCCGACUCAGAAGGCCACUACGGCAACAAGCCCUCCAACAGCGACGUCGUAGGUUCAAAUAAACUCGGCGACUACUUCUCCAACAUGGCCAUCGACCUCGACAAACACUCUGAAGAAUUCGGCUUCUUGGGCAUGACCUCGUGGCUCAAUAGUUCCGAUCGCGAAACGAAACCCGAAUUUAUGGCGGUCUGCUACUUCCGCACGACCGAGGGUCUGCAUGCGUUUGCGCAUAGCCAGUAUCAUCGUGAUGCGUGGGAUUGGUGGAAUAGGACUAUCUCCGAGCACAAGCAUUUGAGCAUCUGGCAUGAGGUGUAUCACGCGCCACAGGGACAUUGGGAGAAUAUUUAUGUCAACUCGCAUCCUGCUGGGAUCAAUUCGACGACGUUCAAGGUCUUUGAUCAGGAGAGUGGGAGCGAGAAGUGGGCGAGUCCUAUAGUAGAUGCGAGUAAGGGUUGUUGA